AUGGCAGAUCAACCCAUUCUUCAGAAACUGGAUACUCUGGUGGCAGAUAUUCUGGCCGACUGGAAUAUCUAUACCACUAUCGUUGCCGGCAUUGUUGCUACUUUCGCGAUCUAUUCCGCGGUGUCAGCUAAGGACCCUGACGUUCACCCGUUCUUACUUGCUCGCCAAUCCACACCUUCGCCUAUUCGACAGUCAGGCGAAUCCUCAACAUACCGUAGCUUGGAAACACCCUACGGUUUCCCUCUGCGAGCAGGGUUAAAUGUCAAGGACCCCGGUGCACCCAAGUGGACUGCUGGCAGAAAGGGUGAUUUGCGGGACAUCUGGAGGGCUGCGGUGCGGGGAGCUCUGAACGAGGAUGGUACCCCAACCAACACACAAGGAAAAAUCUAUACCGUUUUGGGUAGACAGGCGUUCGAGCACUCGCUGUCCCAGGUGACCCAGGAAAUCAACGUAAUUGGUCACCAUCUUCAAAAUGCCGAGGUAAAGACCGUUGCGGUCUGUCUGACUGACUCGGUUGAACUUCUGGCUGCUCUCUUUGCUGGUGCUUUCUAUGGAUUCAAGACCAUCCUUGUCCCCCACAACCUUCCGGCAGAGACCCUAUGCGCACACCUGCAGACAGCGCAAGCCGAUGCCCUGAUUGCUGAGGCGGGAUCACUUGACCUCUCUGUCGUCGCCCAGGGUAACAAGCAGCUAUCACACGUUGUGUGGGUUGCUAAGUAUGGCAAUCGGCACAUGGACUGGCAUGGAGUUCCUGAGGGAGUGGACCGUGAUAUCAAGGUAGAUGUUUGGCAUGAGCUGGUGGAGGAGAAGAAGGACUUGACUGGUUUGGACCUCCCCGAGUAUGACCCUAAAGAACCGGCUCCUGCUAUCAACACCGUUUGGCCUUCUUCUUCCCAGUCUGGCAAGUUUAUUGACUUCCAGUCGGAGAAUCUGAUUGCUGCCAUCGGUGCCCUGGGAUCUGCCCUUCCUCGCUCCCAACGUUUCUCUCCUUCGGAUCUUGUUCUCUCUAUUGACUCCCUCUCUCGGUCCUACCCUCUUUGCCUCAUGAUGAAUGCCCUAUUCUCGGGUGCCUCUAUUGCAUUAAACUCGGUUGCAGGGGAGAAAGUUGACUUCGCUUUGGCUACCGUGGGUGUGUCUCCUACCGUUAUUAUUGCUUCAUCACAGACCAUGUCGGACUACCACGACAGCGUCAUGCAGCCACAAACGGGGCUUGUUUCCUCCAUUGGCCGCUGGGUUCAAGCACGCACUCUUGAUGCUGGAAACAUGCCUUCGAAAAACAUUUUCAGUCAGCUGGCCCGCGUUGGACCAACCUCGGAGCUGUCGUUGGACAAACUGCGCCUGCUUUGCAUCUCGCAUCGCAUUGAUGCACCUGCCUCGGCCCGCCUUAGCUCAAAGCAACUGACAGAUUUGCGCAUCUACACCGAUGCUCGUAUCGUAUAUGCUUUGACUGGAUCCGGUAUUGCGGGUGCUAUCGCGCAGACAAAUGUCUUUGACUACCGCCGCCAUGAUGGUCCUAGUCACUUCGGCUCUCCUCUUAGUAGCAUUGAAAUUACACUGACUGAAGUCUCUGAGGAUACGGUUACAGACACCCCUGAAGGCCAGAUCAAAGUAUCUGGCCCUGCAGUUGUCGGCGAUAAGACUACACUCGCAUCUCGAGUCCGUAUUAGCAAGGACAACACUGUGGAGCUGUGCUCUUGA